AUGUUAUUAGAUGUUUCCAUUAAUUUCUUAUUGUACUUGCAGACAAAUCUGACUGUGGUCACAGAGUUUCUCCUCUUAGGAUUUCAAAGCAGCCAACUUUUGAGAAAUCUUCUAUUUCUUCUGUUCCUUGUUGUUUUUGUUGCCACAAUAUGCGGGAACCUCCUGAUCAUCAUCCUGGUGUCCACCAGCAAGAACCUCCACACCCCAAUGUACUUCUUCAUCUCACAACUGUCCAUCAGUGACAUCUUAUUAUCUACAAAUAUUGUCCCCAACCUGCUCCACAUCCUACUGAAUAAUGGAGGAACCGUCAGUUUUAUUGGUUGUAUGACUCAGUUUCAUUUUUUUGCUGGCACUGAUGGAUUUGAAUGUCUUCUUCUCGCUGUGAUGUCUUAUGACAGAUAUGUGGCCAUCUGUAAUCCCCUCCAUUACUCCUCUGUCAUGACGAAUAUAUUUUGUGUUACAUCAAUCAUUAUUAGUUGGUUAAUUGGAAAUGUUAUUUCAUUCAUUCUUAUGAUAACAACAUCAAAACUAAAGUUUUGUGGGUCAAAUAUCAUCGACCAUUUAUUCUGUGACCUUGUCCCCUUACUAGACCUGUCCUGUUCUGACACCUUCUUUGUUCACUUGGAGAUUUUUGUUUUGGGAGCUCCAACUGUAAUAGUCCCAACCUCAAUCAUUGUAGUGUCUUAUACUUACAUUGUCAUAUCAGUCUUAAGGAUCCCAUCCAGUACUGGUAGACAGAAAGCCUUCUCCACCUGUAGCUCCCACCUCAUUGUGGUCUCCAUUUUUUACUGGACUAUAUUUAGUGUUUAUGUUUUCCCUAAGAGAGAAGAAACUUGGGUCAGUAGUAAAAGCCUCUCUCUGCUGUAUACUGUGUUUACUCCAUUUAUUAACCCCAUUAUAUACAGUCUGAGGAAUAAAGACAUUAAGAAAGCCGUACAGCAAACAUUACAUAAACACAUAUCCCGUAAUAAACAUUAA